CCAGGCGGUCGGCAGGAUGAGUGUGAAAGAGGCAGGCAGCUCGGGCCGCCGGGAGCAGGCGGCCUACCACCUGCACAUCUACCCCCAGCUGUCCACCACGGAGAGCCAGGCCUCGUGUCGCGUGACCGCCACCAAGGACAGCACCACCUCGGACGUCAUCAAGGACGCCAUCGCCAGCCUGCGGCUGGACGGCACCAAAUGCUACGUGCUGGUGGAAGUCAAAGAGUCGGGCGGCGAGGAAUGGGUGCUGGACGCCAACGACUCGCCUGUGCACCGGGUGCUGCUGUGGCCCCGGCGGGCGCAGGACGAGCACCCGCAGGAGGAUGGCUACUACUUCCUGCUGCAGGAGCGCAAUGCAGACGGGACCAUCAAGUACGUGCACAUGCAGCUGGUGGCGCAGGCCACGGCCACCCGACGCCUAGUGGAGCGUGGCCUCCUGCCACGGCAGCAGGCGGACUUUGAUGACCUGUGUAACCUCCCUGAGCUGACCGAGGGCAACCUCCUGAAGAACCUCAAGCACCGCUUCCUGCAACAAAAGAUCUACACAUAUGCGGGGAGCAUCCUGGUGGCUAUCAACCCCUUUAAGUUCCUGCCCAUCUACAACCCCAAGUACGUGAAGAUGUAUGAGAACCAGCAGCUGGGCAAGCUGGAGCCACACGUCUUCGCGCUGGCCGACGUGGCCUACUACACCAUGCUCAGGAAGCGCGUGAACCAGUGCAUCGUGAUUUCGGGCGAGAGCGGCUCUGGCAAGACCCAGAGCACCAACUUCCUCAUCCACUGCCUCACCGCCCUCAGCCAGAAGGGCUAUGCCAGCGGCGUCGAGAGGACCAUCCUGGGUGCUGGCCCCGUGCUGGAGGCUUUUGGAAACGCCAAGACAGCCCACAACAACAACUCCAGCCGGUUUGGGAAGUUCAUCCAAGUCAGCUACCUGGAGAGUGGCAUUGUGAGAGGAGCUGUCGUCGAGAAAUAUCUGCUUGAAAAGUCUCGCCUGGUGUCUCAGGAGAAGGAUGAGAGGAACUACCACGUGUUUUAUUAUUUGUUACUCGGGGUCAGCGAGGAAGAGCGCCGAGAAUUUCAGCUCAAGCAGCCUGAAGAUUAUUUCUACCUCAACCAGCAUAACUUGAAGAUUGAAGAUGGGGAGGACCUGAAGCAUGACUUUGAGAGGCUCAAGCAGGCCAUGGAGAUGGUGGGCUUCCUCCCCGCCACCAAGAAGCAGAUUUUUGCCGUCCUCUCGGCCAUCCUGUACCUAGGCAACGUCACUUACAAGAAGAGAGCUACAGGCCGAGAGGAAGGGUUGGAGGUCGGGCCGCCCGAGGUGCUGGACACCCUGUCGCAGCUUCUGAAGGUAAAGCGAGAAAUCUUGGUGGAGGUUCUGACCAAAAGAAAAACGGUGACCGUCAACGACAAGCUCAUCCUUCCCUACAGCCUCAGCGAGGCCAUCACUGCCCGCGACUCCAUGGCCAAGUCUCUGUACAGCGCCCUGUUCGACUGGAUUGUGCUGCGGAUCAACCACGCACUCCUCAACAAGAAGGACGUGGAAGAGGCAGUCUCGUGCCUGUCCAUCGGGGUCCUGGACAUCUUCGGAUUUGAAGACUUCGAGAGGAACAGCUUCGAGCAGUUCUGUAUCAACUACGCCAAUGAGCAGCUACAGUAUUACUUCAACCAGCACAUCUUCAAGCUGGAGCAGGAGGAGUAUCAGGGCGAGGGGAUCACGUGGCACAACAUCGGCUACACAGACAAUGUCGGCUGCAUCCAUCUCAUCAGCAAGAAGCCCACGGGCCUCUUCUACCUGCUGGACGAGGAGAGCAACUUCCCCCAUGCCACGAGCCAGACCCUGCUGGCCAAGUUCAAACAGCAGCAUGAGGACAAUAAGUACUUCCUGGGCACCCCGGUCAUGGAGCCAGCCUUCAUCAUCCAGCACUUCGCAGGGAAGGUGAAAUAUCAGAUCAAGGACUUCCGGGAGAAGAACAUGGACUACAUGCGGCCAGACAUCGUGGCCCUGCUGCGGGGCAGUGACAGCUCCUACGUGCGGGAGCUCAUUGGCAUGGACCCUGUGGCCGUGUUCCGCUGGGCCGUGCUCCGGGCCGCUAUCCGGGCCAUGGCUGUGCUUCGGGAGGCCGGACGCCUGCGGGCCGAGAGGGCUGAAAAGGCUGCAGGUAUGAGCAGCCCUGGUGCCCAAAGUCACCCGGAAGAGCUGCCAAGAGGAGCCAGCACCCCUUCAGAAAAACUUUACCGCGAUUUGCAUAACCAAAUGAUCAAGAGCAUCAAAGGAUUGCCCUGGCAGGGCGAGGACCCCCGUAGGCUUCUCCAGUCCCUCAGUCGGCUCCAGAAACCCCGCGCCUUCAUCCUGAAAAGUAAAGGUAUCAAACAAAAGCAGAUCAUUCCAAAGAACCUGCUGGACUCCAAGUCCCUGAAACUCAUCAUCAGCAUGACCCUGCACGACCGCACCACCAAGUCCCUGCUGCACCUGCACAAGAAGAAAAAGCCACCGAGCAUCAGCGCCCAGUUCCAGACAUCCCUUAACAAGCUCUUGGAGGCGCUGGGGAAAGCAGAGCCCUUCUUUAUCCGGUGCAUCCGUUCCAAUGCUGAAAAGAAAGAGCUGUGCUUUGACGACGAGCUGGUCCUGCAGCAGCUGCGCUACACCGGUAUGCUGGAGACCGUGCGCAUCCGGAGGUCAGGGUACAGUGCCAAGUACACAUUCCAGGAUUUCACCGAGCAGUUCCAGGUGCUCCUGCCCAAGGAUGCCCAGCCCUGCAGGGAGGUCAUCUCGACCCUCCUGGAGAAGAUGAAGGUAGACAAGAGGAACUACCAGAUCGGGAAGACCAAGGUCUUCCUGAAGGAGACGGAGCGGCAAGCCCUACAGGAGACGCUACACCGGGAGGUGGUGCGGAAAAUCCUGCUGCUGCAGAGCUGGUUUCGGAUGGUGCUGGAGCGUCGGCACUUCCUGCAGAUGAAGCGGGCCGCCGUCACCAUCCAGGCCUGCUGGCGGUCCUACCGGGUCCGGAGGGCUCUGGAGAGGACGCAGGCCGCGGUGUACCUCCAGGCCGCAUGGAGGGGCUACUGGCAGCGGAAGCUCUACCGGCGCCGGAAACAGAGCAUCAUCCGCCUGCAGAGCCUCUGCCGGGGGCACCUGCAGCGCAAGAGCUUCAGCCAGAUGAUCUUGGAGAAGCAGAAGGCAGAGGAGAAGGAGAGGGAAGCCCUGGAAGCCGAAAGAGCAGGCGCUGAGGAGGGCGGGCUGGGUCAGGCGGCCGGCGGGCAGCAGGUAGCUGAGCAGGGGCCAGAGCCGGCAGAGGAUGGCAGGCACCUGGCAUCAGAGCCUGAGGUGUGGCCAAGUGACAGGUCCCCGCCAGAGCACUCCUCACCUGAGAAGGAGGCCCUGAGCCCGGAGAAGACUCUCCCGCCCCAGAAAACCGUGGCCACUGAAAGUCACGAGAAAGUCCCCAGCAGCCGGGAGAAGCGUGAGUCGCGUCGGCAAAGAGGGCUGGAGCACGUCAAGUUCCAGAACAAACACAUUCAGUCCUGCAAGGAGGAGAGCGCCCUCAGAGAAACUUCCAGAAGGGUCACCCAGGAGCAAGGGGUGAGUCUCCUGGAAGACAAAAAGGAGAGCAGAGAAGAUGAAACCCUUCUAAUCGUAGAGACGGAGGCUGAGAACACGUCCCAAAAGCAGCCCACAGAGCAACCCGAGGCCAUGGCAGUUGGCAAGGUCUCUGGAACCGAGAAGACGCUGCCGGCUGAGCCCAGGCCCAGCCAGGUGGAGCGACCGACCAGCCUGGCCUUGGACAGCAGGAUCAGCCCACCAGCCCCCGGCAGCACCCCCGAGACCCCCGAGGACAAGAGCAAACCUUGUGGCAGCCCAAGGGUUCAGGAAAAGCCCGACAGCCCCGGAGGCUCCACACAGAUCCAGCGGUACCUGGACUCCGAGCGGCUGGCCAGCGCCGUGGAGCUGUGGCGGGGCAAAAAGCUGGUGGCCGCUGCCAGCCCUAGUGCCAUGCUCAGCCAGUCCCUGGACCUCAGCGACAGACACCGGGCCACAGGGGCCGCCCUCACGCCCACAGAGGAGAGGCGCAUCUCCUUCUCCACGAGCGAUGUCUCCAAGCUCCUCCCAUCCCCGGCCAAGGCUCAGCCUGCAACAGAAACCACAGACGGAGAGCGAAGCACAAAGAAGCCGGCUGUCCAGAAGAAGAAGUCAGGUGACGCAUCCUCCAUCCCAGACGCAGGGCUGUCCCCGGGCUCUCAGGUCGACUCUAAGUAAGUAUGGGGCUUGCGGGGAACUCAGGCCACCAGAGGAUGCCCGGGGUCCCUGCCAGGGCCUCGCAGCAUUGUGGCCUCCUAAACCAAUCAUACUUACAAAGCACGUUCGCGAAGGCAUUUGCUCAGUAGAAACUGCAUGAGGCAGCCAGGCGUGGUGGCUCACGCCUGUAAUCCCAGCAGUUUGAGAGGCCGAGACGGAUGGAUCACUUGAGGUCAGGAGUUG